GGGUCUUCUGGAGGUUUUACAGCUCGACUUUGUGGUGAAAGAAGCUUCAGAGCAGAUGGAGAGUCAGACCAUUUCCUGGCGUCUGGAGUUGCCGGGGAACCUGAAGGAUGUCGGCAUAAUUCGGAUCUACACAACCCGGAGAGACUACGUGGGGCUGGCACCUCUGGUCAUGAACACCGAUAUCUUGAACACUGCUGUGCUGACGGGUAAAGCGGUGUCAGUCCCGGUGAAAACUAUGGCUGUGGAGGCCGACGGCUCCAUCACCGAUGUGACCAACUACACCAGCUGUAGGUCAACAGAGGAGGACGUACUCAAGGUGUCAGAGGGCUGUGACUUUAUAUAUGUGAAUGGGAAAGAGACGAGAGGAAACAACAAGCUGAUGCUGAACUUCACUUAUGGCUUCUUGAGUGCACAGCUGGAGAUGAGCGUCUGGAUGCCACGCUUGCCUUUGCUCAUUGAUGUGGCCGACCCCGAGCUCAGCCAGAUCAAAGGCUGGAGGGUCCCUGUUACUACCGGCAACAGGAGGUCUAUGUGGGACAGUGAGGAAGAGGAGGAGAUGAGGAAAGGCCGAGGCUGCAUGCUGCAGUACCAGCACUCUGCACUCCGGGUGCUCACGCCCUUCGUGGCUCAAGCUGACGGUGAGGUAAUGCCCGACUCGCUAACUGGAGCGGAGCCUGUCGACUACUUCCUGGGUCCUGACUGGAAGGUGGAUGUGACCAAUCUUGUCCGCAAUUCUCUAAAAGUGGCUGACCCUGAGGUGGCCAGGGUGCAGGAUGGGGUGGUGCUGCAGGGACGGGCUGUGGGCUCUACGACUGUACAGGUGCUGUCCCCCGUGACGUCAUCGGUCCUGGCUGAGAGGACCAUCAGGGUGGUGGAUGACAAAGUGAGUGUGACGGAGCUGGGAGUGCAGUUGAUUUCUGGACUCUCUCUGUCCCUGCAGCUCAGCCCCGGGAGCAACAGGGCCGUAGUUGCCACGGCAACCACACGGGAGAUGAUCACGCAGCUCAAACAGGAAGCGGUGGUGAGCUGCUGGGUUCAGUUCAGCGACGGCGCAGUCGCCCCACUGGAGCUGUUUGACCGUAGCAUCUACUCUCUGACAGUCACCACCCCAGACGACAGAGUGGCCACAGUACGCCGCACCCCGCUUUCCACGUUUGUGGUGGCCCAAGGUGAAGGCGAAGGUCGGGGGGCGCUAGUGAGGGUGGAGCUGAGGAUCUGCGAGGAAUGUCAGAAAUCCAAGAGGAAGAGCAAGCUGGCGGUGGGCACCGGGCUCCUCAGGACCAACUUCCAGAGUAGCAGCAGCAGAGCAGGCGGAGGAGGUGGAGAUAAAGAGUAUGAUGUUGGUGCAUCAGAAGUGGUGGGAGAUCUGAAAUCAGUGACAUCCCAGCGUUCUGUUACAGAUAUGGAUAAGUGGUUGAUGAAGAGCAUAUUACCUGACCAGCAAGACACCACCCAGACAGACACAACCACCUCCACCCCAGUUUCUACAAGAUAUGUGCAGCCACAUGUUGUGUGGAUUGGAACAACAACCAGAGCUGCAAGAGGGACUCCGUCUACUGCCACUGCCACAACUGCCACCACAACUUUGAGCACACCAAGCUUAAAUACAGCACUGAGCACGGCCAAACCUGCAACACCCACUGUUGUUGCUAUUAAAGGUGAAGGGCAGAGGAGGAGCUAUGGAAACAUGCUUGAAAACCCAAAUUCAACACCUAACAAAGACAUUGCUAAAGGAGAAGAAAUGCCCAUAAAAGAGCGUCCCAAACCUAAAACUCCUAAAAUAACCGAGAGCGACCUCAUUCAGACGAUCAGAGCCAUGUCAGACUUGGAAAUCAGCAUGUACGCCUUAGUGGGGGUUUCCUGUGUUGCUGUCCUGGCUUUUAUAGUCAAUUGUGCUUCAUAUAAACUCUGCUUCCGUAAGCACAAGACACCUAUACAGGCGGGCCCCACCCCCAACGGGGACCCGAAGGACCACAAGCACGACUGGGUGUGGCUGGCGAGCAAUAAUCAUGACACACAGGCCCCGGGUGUCCCAGCUCAAGUGUCGACGCUAAAACGUGAGGCCCACCGCCCUCUGGAGUCCCGUCAUUCCAUCGACUCCAUGGGCCACCGCAACCUGGAGAGCACCCUGCCCACCAUCAGCCUUCCCCCCGCUGUUCCCGAACGAACCGCCACCCUGGGCCGCAGCAGGGCCAGCUCCCAGCAGCAGCAGUUUCAGGGAAAUAUAAUGGACCCCAUGGCGAACCGUUCUGCGACGUUGUUGGCCCGGCCGCACCGCAGCGAGCCGCUUCAUUCCCCCACCAGUAAGAGGAACCAGGUCCAGUUCACCACCUUCACCACGCUGGACAUCAAGCACUUGGCUGCGCUAAAGAAAAACGGCGUGGACUUAAACUGGGCCAAUGGGCAACCGCAGCAGCAGCAUGUGGCCCCCGCAGAGGCUCAGGCACUUUUACCUGACAUGCCAUGGCCGGUCGUCAAACCCCUCGGAGAGCACCA